GCGGCUGGAGGGCAGCCGCAGGGGCCGGGAGAGGGGACCGCGGCGUGGAGGUGCCACAGGGCACGGGCGGCGGCAGAUCUGCGCCGAAGGAGCCACCGUAACGGGGGCCGAGGUCCAGGGGCGCAGCAGUGGCUGCGGCGGCAGGACGAUGGCAGCGCCCACAGGAGCCAUGGCAGCGAUUGCAGCCUCAGACCGCAGGCGCGGGAUGUGGUCAGUGCUGGCGGCGGCGCUCGGACUCUUGACAGCUGGAGUAUCAGCCUUGGAGGUGUACACACCAAAAGAAAUCUUCGUGGCAAAUGGGACACAAGGGAGGCUUACGUGCAAGUUCAAGUCUACAGACGCCACGAGCGGGUUGACCACGGUCUCCUGGAGCUUCCAGCCAGAGGGGUCUGACACCACUGUGUCGUUUUUCCACUAUUCUCAAGGACAAGUUUACCUCGGGAAUUAUCCACCAUUUAAAGACAGAAUCAGCUGGGCUGGAGACCUUGACAAGAAAGAUGCGUCGAUCAACAUAGAAAACAUGCAGUUUAUACACAACGGCACCUACAUCUGUGAUGUCAAAAACCCUCCUGACAUCGUGGUUCAACCUGGACACAUUAGGCUGUAUGUCGUAGAAAAAGAGAGCUUGCCCGAGUUUCCAGUUUGGGUGGUGGUGGGUAUAGUUUCUGCUGUGGUCCUAGGUCUCAUUCUGCUCAUCAGCAUGAUUCUGGCUGUCUUCUACAGAAGGAAAAACUCUAAACGGGACUACACCGGCUGCAGUACAUCAGAGAGUUUGUCAGCGGUUAAGCAGGCUCCACGGAAGUCCCCCUCCGAUACAGAGGGCCUGGUAAAGAGCCUGCCUUCAGGAUCUCACCAGGGCCCAGUCAUUUAUGCGCAGCUAGACCAUUCUGGCGGACGGCACAGUGACAAGAUCAACAAGUCAGAGUCUGUGGUGUACGCAGACAUCCGGAAAAACUAAGAGAAAUUCCCGAACGGAUCCUGAGCAAGAAACAAGCCUGGACUGGACUCUGGUGCAGAGAAUGCAGCCCAUAAUCACGUGUGGCCUUGGGGACCCAGGCAAGGACAAGCACCUGUGUGCUCACAGAGGGAGGACGAGACGUGUAUAAAGGAUAUGUAUAAAUACGCUAUUUAAUCUCCCCGAUGUGAGGAGCCCGAGUCGCCGGUGUCGCGGAAGACGAUGUGGUGUGAAUCUCUGUACAUAUCAAUUGUCUUGCUAUUGUGCUCCCCCCCCCCCCCGGGGUCAUUUACCAUUGGGAGAUCUCAGAACCAUGCCUAACCCCGUCACUUAGUUAGGAUUUGCCUUAGUGGAGACAGUAGCAGAUGUUGUAGUGUUUCCAGUAGACACGGCCUUUUCUUCUGAAGGGCUUCAGCAGUCUUAGCGUUGAUCAGAGGUGGAGCAUGGAGGUGCGACCCUGGAAGCUGACCCGCGGUGGCCUGAACCCUGCGCAGCCCUGGUGUUCGGCUGUCGCUUUUAGAAAACAUCCACUCUGUAUUGCCACUUGUGGACAGUUUGAAAAGGUUUUUAUUGAUGUUUUUCUCUCUUCAAAAUGCGAAGCGACUUUUCAGCCUCACGUGCUGUGUAGACUUGACUUUAACGUCACACCCUUCACACAGAUCAGUGAGUGGAUUCCUUCUUAGCCUGGGGAGCAGGGGGUGAAUGCCCUUCCAGGGACCUGGGGCUCAAGGCCACAGCAGAAAGCGCAGGCUUUGCUGGAGGCGUGCUGUCCGCUCUGCAGGGGACAGGCGUCAUUUAUGGUCACUGCCGAGGCCCUUCCUGCUCUCCUUGUGGGUGGGCGGCGGUGGGGCUGGACUGCCCCCUCUGGUGCCCCAGCACUCUCUCGGGGUCCCCUUCUCUGCUUCCAGCACGGGGCAGCCACACUGGUGGCUUUGUGACAGCUCCCUGGUGCCCCAGCGACCUGGGAAGUUCAAGUAGGGCUGAGACUGCUGCUUCGGGAAUCUCUUCUCUCUUCCGGUUGUAUUGUGUUGCUUUCCUCCCCCGCCCCCUUCCCCCCAUGAGGCGCAGCUGAUAGGCGAUGGAGAGAGGUGCAAUUGGGAAUCCGACUCAUUUUCCACCCCACCCCCCCCUUUAAAUCUGUGUUUUUGUAUUUUACUGAGAAUGGAAUGCACGGUGAAGAUCCAACAACGGUUAUUUAUAUUGUCGUCCCCCUGUCUUCUAGACUGUUUUGUUUGAAAAGAAUCGCCCUUUCCCUCUAACAUUGUCCGAUGCGUCUGGGAAGCGCCUGGUCAGCGCCUGGUCUGCACGCAGAACAGUGUGGGCAGGCGGUGGGGAGCGGCGGGGAGCACUUUUCCCCAGGUUUGAGGCCCCUGCCAUCCUUCUGGGGGCGCGGGACGGCCGAGUCCCUGAGAAUGCAUAAAGGGAGCCCCCCUGGAUUGCCACUGACCCGGGAGCGAGAGCCACCGAGGGCUCUGUGCAGGAGGCUGCAGGGGCCGGGUCCCCGAGGCGCCCGCCGGGGCUGCACCACCGGGCCCACCUUGGCGCGCGCAGGUCACGGGACUGGGACCUCACCCACCCAUCGCGGUGCCGGCCAUUCCUGCCCAGGGGUCAUCGUUCUGCCCAGCCCUGGGCCCCCAGAGCUUCCCCUGCGUCUGUUCUCAACCCUCCUGGAGCCUGCGCGGGGUGCGGGGUGGGAUGGGGGUGUGGGAGGGGGGAUUGUCCCCACUCUUCACACUGAUGAUGCCGCGCCGCGGGCGUCUGGAGGCUGAGGGUGCAAUUCCGGGUGGAAUACUUGCAGACAGCUGUGCUUGUACGGAGAAAGGGGCCGUUCUCUUGUCUUCUUCCUGAGCCUUCCUUCCCCAGAGCAGGAGCCCAGAGCUUCUCCCUGGGGGGCAGGAGGCCCCGCCUGCGCGCACUUGCUGACCUCACAGCCCAACCGCACACCUUGUGCUCGGGUAUUCUGGCCGUCCCGCCCCCUGAGGCCAGGGAGGCACCUGCUUUUGUACCCCUCCCUGGGGCUGGCCCAAAGGCUGGGCAGACAUCCCUGAGAGUCCCUAAGCUCCCCACACCGUCUCCUCUGCAGUCUUUGACCCCUGCUCCGGGUCCUGUCCAAAUGCAGACCUGCGGGGUCCAGGUUGUUACUGGGGGAGUGAGAUCCACAUCCCAGACUCUCUCUGGUUCUUCCAUGGAAAUAUAGCAAAAAGCCACCAAGCCCAUUGUGAUUCGAUUUUUUUUUCUCUUUCAGCUGUACUUUUGUGAAUAUUUUAAUACAUUUUUUCCAAUUUCUGAA